CCAAGGAAGAAAGACGAAGAUGAAGGUGUGAAGAAGAAGCAGAAUCAGAAUCAGAAUAAGAUGGGGUGUGAGGAAGUGACUCAUUCUAGGCCUCUGUUCCUAACGAUCUACACCGUUGUCAUCGUUGGCAUCGUGGUUUCCUCAUUAUACGUCUUCUCUGCCAUAUAUUCCUCUGGUUCAACUAACCCUUCUGCUAAAUGGUCCUCUUUCCCUCCCCUUUCAACAAUGGUGCAUGCCGUGCCCUCUCCUCCCCCUGAGCCACAAAAUGUGUGGACAAGACCUUUGUUGGAUGUUCCACCUCGCAAUCAAAAGAUGCCACCUUUGAAGGAUUUCCGACUGACCAAAGAACUGGUUCAGCAAAGGGUGAAAGAUAACAUUAUAAUAGUGACAUUUGGUAACUAUGCAUUCAUGGACUUUAUUCUGACUUGGGUUAAACAGCUGAAUGAUCUGGGACUUUCUAAUUAUCUUGUUGGUGCAAUGGACACCAAAUUAUUGGAGGCACUUUAUUGGAAAGGAGUACCGGUUUUUGACAUGGGCAGCCAUAUGAGUACAAUAGAUGUUGGCUGGGGGUCUCCAACAUUUCAUAAAAUGGGUAGAGAAAAAGUUAUUCUGAUAAACUCGAUACUGCCCUUUGGUUAUGAGUUGUUGAUGUGUGAUACUGACAUGGUUUGGUUGAAGAACCCACUUCCAUAUAUUGGUCGUUAUCCUGAAGCAGAUGUUUUGACAUCCAGUGAUCAAGUUGUACCAACAGUUGUUGAUGAUAGUCUGGAAAUUUGGCAAGAAGUUGGUGCUGCCUACAACAUAGGAAUUUUCCAUUGGAGACCUACAGAAUCUGCUAAAAAAUUGGCAAAGGAAUGGAAAGAACUGCUUCUAGCUGAUGAAAAGAUAUGGGAUCAGAAUGGGUUUAAUGAAAUUGUACACAGACAGUUAGGACCAUCUGUUGAUGAGGACAGUGGACUUGUUUAUGCUUAUGAUGGAAAUCUAAAGCUUGGAAUUUUUCCUUCAAGUAUCUUCUGUAGUGGACAUACAUAUUUUGUCCAGGCUAUGUAUCAGCAACUCAGGUUGGACCCAUAUGCAGUGCACACAACAUUUCAAUAUGCAGGCACUGAAGGAAAGCGCCACCGCUUGCGAGAAGCCAUGCUUUUCCGUGAUCCACCAGAAUACUAUAAUCCUUCUGGGGGUUUCUUGUCAUUUAAGCCAUCUAUUCCAAAAAGCUUGUUGCUAAGCGGGAAGCAUACCAUUGGAUCACAUUUUACCCUUGUUAAUUACCAAAUGAAACAGAUUAGAACAGCACUUGCAAUUGCUUCCCUUCUGAACAGAACACUGGUCAUGCCUCCACUAUGGUGCAGGAUUGAUAGGCUAUGGUUUCCACAUCCUGGUGUUUUGGAGGGAACGAUGACUAGACAACCUUUUCUCUGUCCUUUGGAUCAUGUAUUUGAGGUGAAUGUCAUGUUGCAAGAACUCCCAGAGGAAGCGUUUGGCCCUGGAAUAGAUAUUAGAGAGUAUUCAAUACUUGAUAAUCCCUCUCUGCCCUCACAGGUGAAAAAGUCAUGGCUUGAUGUUCACCUAUGUAAAGAAGGAACCCAAGAUUGUCAUGCAUCAAAUAAUACCUCUGUUGGGGGAGUAUUAAAAUUUCCAAAGCAUAGCAAUGAAGAAAUGUUCAUGAAAGUAUUCUCAUCAUUAAAGGAUGUAAAAGUCAUCCAGUUCUCUUCAAUGCAAGAUGCUUUCACGGGUUUCACGGACAAGGCAAGGGAAGAUAGAUUCAGAAAUCGCGUUAAACGGUAUGUGGGUAUAUGGUGCUGUGUGAUGGAUCACACUCCUGGUCAUAUAUAUUAUGAUAUGUACUGGGAUGAGAAACCUGGAUGGAAGCCAAUCCCUCCUCAAACUUCUGCAGAUGAUCAUCCACCUUGGUGAGGUCAACUUCAGGAUCAUGUUUUGUUUAAACACUAUGAUGGACCGGGGAUACACACGAGAUUCAAAGGUGGUUACUCAUUGUCAAGACCAAGAUUGUAUACUUACACAAGUAAAGAAUCUGUAUCCAUGUUGAGGAUGUUAAUUGUUAGACAGAUGA